AUGGCAAGCCUCCCGUCUUUGCCACGAGUGGGCUACCGCGUAUUAUCAGUAUCAUCAUUAUCAUCAUCUCGUACGACGGCUCGAAGUCGAGCAUUCUCGACGUCUAAGGCUCUAGAUGCUGACUUCACGCAUGCGGUCAUCGGAGCCGGCGCCGUUGGUCUUGCGGUUGCGCGACAACUUGCUACGAGAAGCGGCACCUCGACGAUUUUGAUUGAGAGGCACGACGCGGUGGGCACGGAGACCAGCAGUCGCAACUCCGAGGUGAUCCACGCAGGGCUCUACUACGGCCGCGGCACGCUCAAAACCCGGCUCUGCAUCCGCGGCAAGGAGCUGCUGUACGCACUCGCGUCGGCGAACGACAUCCCGCACCGGCGAACGAAGAAAUGGAUCAUAGCACAAGACGCGCAGCAGAUGGAGCAACUGCAUCGCCUGCACGAGUUCUCCCAGACCAUCGACGUUCCUACGCACUUCCUCAGUCGCGAAGAGAUCUCGCGCCAGGAACCGGACGUGCGCGCCGGGGCGGGCGUGCUGGAGAGUCCGACCACCGGGAUCAUCGAUUCGCAUGCAUUCAUGGCGUAUCUGCAGGGGAGCUUUGAGGAGCGCGGGGGUGAAGAGGUGCUUAAUACCGUCGUUACAGCGAUCGAGAAGCUUGGUCAUGGGGAGGGACCGGGCUACGCGAUAACGACGCGCUCGCGCGACGGCGCAGGCGGCGAAGAUACCAUCACGGCCGAGACGGUGAUCAACUCUGCAGGCCUGGGUGCGAUCACGGUGAGCAACAUGCUGCUCCCGGCCGAGCGACAUCUGACUCCUUUCUACGCGAAAGGCAGCUACUUCUCCUACGCAAGCGGGCACCCCAAACCCCAGACUCUCCUGUACCCGGCCCCGGUUCCUGGGUUGGGUGGAUUAGGCACACACCUGACACUCGACAUAGCUGGCCGCGUGCGCUUCGGGCCCGACGUCGAAUGGGUCGACGACCCGAGUGACCUCUCGCCAAACCCGGCGCGGCUCGCGGCCGCCCUGGACAUGAUCCAGUCGUAUCUGCCUGGGAUCCGGCGCGAUGCCGUGGAUCUUGACUACUGUGGGAUCAGGCCAAAGCUGGCGAGGGGUGCGAGCGGGACUUAUGGGAAAGAUGGCACGGGGUUUCAGGACUUCUUGAUCCGAGAGGAAGAAGGUUACGCUGGGUUCGUGAAUCUGCUGGGUAUUGAGAGUCCUGGGCUCACGAGUGCGUUGGCCAUUGCCGAGGCUGUCCAGGACAUUCUUUACGGGGAGAAGGCGACGGCGUGA